GGACGCCAGGCACCGCGCGACGCUCGCGAUCAAACCUCUCACUCUCGGCUGCUUCCGCCGCUCCGCUCAUCACCCUGCACCGUCCAAAACCCCACCGCUACCUCUUCGCCCUCUCCGCACUAUGGUCUCCGCCUUGCCGCCGCCGCAGACAUCGCCGCAUGGGUAGGCGAUCAGGCAGCGGCGGCAGAAAGCCGCCGCCCUUCCUCUCCCCGUCCUCCUCCAAGCGCUCCCGCCCCGUCCGCCGCCUCCCGUCCAUUCCCAAGCCGCCUCUCGCGCUGGUGGCGCCCUUCACCGGGAGGAGAAGGAAGAAGGCGCCUGCCCGGCUGUGGAUGAGGAUGGAUCGAUGGGGUGGCUGCGAGGUAUUCAUGUGCGACAAGGCCUUCGUCGCUGAACGCUCCGGGGUGCACAUCCGCGACCUCUGCGUCGUCGGACCCCUUCUCUCCCGCUCCCCCAGCAUCCUCGCUAGAGAGAAGGCUAUGGUAAUCAAUCUAGAACUCAUAAGAGCAAUUGUUACCGCUGAUGAAGUCCUGCUACUGGAACCUCUUGCUCAGGAGGUUCUCCCUUUCGUAGAUAAAUUGAGGCAGCAUUUCCCAUUGAAAAGUCUGGAGGUUGACGUUGGGGCCAGACAUGUGGAUGAUCAGGAUGGCAAGUAUGCCAAAACUGGUGCUGAGUCUGAGCUUCCUUUUGAGUUUCAGGUGUUGGAGCUCGCCCUGGAAGCUGUAUGCUUGUCAUUCAAUUCCAGCGUAUCUGAUCUUAAUAGGCAUGCCAUUUUUGUGCUGGAUGAAUUGACAAAGAAUUUGAGCACUAGGAAUCUUGAACGUGUUCGGAGCCUGAAAAGCAAUCUCACGAGUCUACUUGCUAGUGUGCACAAGGUCAGAGAUGAAGUAGAGCAUGUUUUGGAUGAUAAUGAAAACAUGACACGACUACACAUAUCGAGGAAGCAAACAAAAAGUCAGCAGGAUGAAGCUCUACUGUCUUCUGCUUUUUCAAAUAGCAAUUUUCCUCCCGAAACAAGCCUGGCUAGACCAAAUUCUAUUAUUAAGCAAAGCAUGGGCAUUGCUACGAGUGUGCCAUUAGACAGCGAUGCGGAUAACCUAGAGAUGUUACUUGAAGCCUAUUUCAUGCAGCUGGAUGGAAUUCGCAACAGACUUGUGUCGGUCUGUUCUUUCAUUUCUCCCAACCUUGUACUGCAUGAAUCAUACCAUCCCCAGGCAUCCAUUGAUAUUACAAUUUACAAAUAUACUUUGCAGUUGUCUUAUUUUUUUAAACUUGUGCUUAUUCAACAUUAUAUUAUUAUCAUCCAGAGGGUUUUCAUCUUGUUUAUUAUGGACCAAACUAGUGAAAAUGGAAAGUCUCAUGCAUUCCUUUGUAUUUUUGUAGUAAAUGGUUGCAGUUUCAUUGGACUGAUGGAAGCUAACAUGAUGUUUGGCCAGAGACUUAGAUUUCUUAUGGUAAUUCCUAUCCGUAUCAUGCAAAUAACUCUUCUUUGGUAAAUUUAACAGGUCCGAGAAUAUAUCGUUGACACAGAAGUUUGCAUCAACAUCCAGCUUGACAACCAACGGAAUGAACUUAUUCGGUUCCAUCUGACACUGAUCAUCGCAUCCUUUGGCAUAGCCAUCAACACAUGGAUAGUUGCAUCUUUUG